GCUGGAAGCUGGGAAGCGCUGGGCCUCCAGGGGCCUGGCUCGGAGCCUCCUCCUAGCUUUCCGGGGUGGAGGGGUGUGGGCCCAGCGGGACUGGACGAGGGCGUGGCCGCGCGGGCACCUGGCCCCCGGACUCCGCCCCACAGACUCGCCACCAUGGAUUCUCUGAUGGAAGCAAAUGGCACCUUUGGCAUAAGCCUUUUGAAAAUGCUGGGUGAAGACAGCUCAAAAAAUGUGUUUUUUUCACCUCUGAGCAUCUCCUCCGCUCUGGCCAUGGUUUUCUUGGGAGCAAAGGGAUCCACAGCCAAGCACAUGGCUCAGGUACUCUCUUUCAAUAAAUGCGAUGGCGAUGGAAGUGAUGUUCACCAGAGCUUCCAGUUACUUCUUGACGAAGUGAACAGGACUGGCGCAAAGUACUUGCUGAGAACGGCCAACAGGCUCUUUGGGGAAAAGUCUUAUGAGUUCCUCUCCUCUUUUAAAGAUUCCUGCCAUAAAUUCUAUGAAGCAGAGAUGGAGGAGCUCGACUUUAUGCAUGCUACGGAGGAGUCUAGAAAACACAUAAACUCCUGGGUGGCCAAGAAAACAGAAGAUAAAAUUACAGAGGUUCUGUCUUCAGGCACAGUGAGUCCCAGCACGAGUCUGGUUCUUGUGAAUGCCAUCUACUUCAAAGGAAACUGGGACAAACAGUUUGACAAAGCGAGAACAUGUGAGAAGCCAUUUAAAGUCAGCAAGGAUGAGGAGAAACCUGUGCAAAUGAUGUAUAAGAAGUCUACUUUUAAAAUGACCUACAUAGGAGAAAUAUUCACCAAGAUUCUGGCGCUUCCCUACGUCAACAAGGAGCUCAAUAUGAUCAUCAUGCUUCCGGAUGAACACAUCGAUUUGAAAACGGUGGAAAAAGAAAUUACUUACGAAAAAUUCGUAGAAUGGACAACACCAGACAAGAUGGACCAAGAAGAGGUGGAGGUUUUCCUCCCUCGCUUUAAACUGGAGGAAAAUUACGACUUGAAGAAUGUCCUCUGCCGUAUGGGCAUGACCGACACCUUCGAGGGGGCCAGGGCAGACUUUUCCGGAAUGUCCUCCAAGAGGGACCUGUUUCUGUCCAAGGUUGUGCACAAGUCCUUCGUGGAGGUCAACGAGGAGGGCACGGAGGCAGCGGCAGCCACCGCAGUGGUCAUGAAGAUGCGGUGCAUGCACUUCACACCCUCCUUCUGCGCCGACCACCCCUUCCUCUUCUUCAUCCAGCACCGCAAGAGCAGCGCGAUCCUGUUCUGUGGCCGCGUGUCCUCUCCCUGAGGGUGCCCGGCUGGCAGCUCCCCUCCUCCCUUCCCCAAUCUCUUCUCCACCACGUGCCUGUGACCCACAUGUCCCUAUCCAUGCAGUGCCACUGCCCAAAAAUAAAGGCCCAUCGUGGGACCCCUGUCCCAGCUCUGUGUG